UUUAUGUUUAGACCAACGUUGAGCUUUGUCAUUUGAACCCAUAUCAAGACAAAAUGUUGGUAGACAGUGCUGAGAUGCAUAAGCAUCUUUUCCUAGCUAAAGUGGACGAUCCAAAGAAAACGAUGCACUAUACAGGUGAGUAGUUAGUUUUGUUUUAAAACAAGCUGUGUGACGUGAUUUAUUACAACUAUUUAUUGUCUUUGCAGGCAUGAGCAAGGAAUGCCUUGAUACGAUUUUUAAUGAAAUCUUAAAACAAAAAGCAAAACGAAUUCACUAUUGGAGGGGUAAAAAGAGAACGAAGUUGACGACCAGCCAUAGUAUGUAUAUCAAGAAGAAGUAUGAUAUGUGCAAACUCACAACCAGGGAACAGUUUCUGUUCACAUUAAUAAGGUUGAGAAGGAAUGUCAGUAUUGAAAUGUUAAGUGGUAUAUUUGGCAUUUCUAAUGGGACUGGUAGCCGGAUUUUUGUAACCUGGAUUCUCUUCAUGAGUAAGGAACUAAAAUGUUUUGUGCCCUUCUCAACGUUAAAUGAUUUGCAAGGGAUUGAAUUUCCAACGGCACUUCGUGGUAUAAAGAACCUCAGAGCUAUCAUUGAUUGCACUGAAUUCUAUGUAGAGAAACCUUCGAGACCACACUGCCAAAGAACCACCUACAGCCAGUACAAGUCCACCAAUACCUUCAAGUUGUUGAUCUCAAUGUCUCCUUUACCUCAUCUUAAUUUUGUUUCAAGACUCUUCACUGGCAGUAUUAGUGAUAAAGAAAUCGUAAAAGAAAGUGGUUUUUUGGAUCAUCUUGAAGCAGGUGAUGUGGUGAUGGCCGACAAAGGUUUUAAUAUUCAAGACCUGCUAGCACUCAAAGAAGCAAAGCUUUUGGCCCCACCUCUUUUAAGGAAAGGAAAUGUGUCUGCUGUAACAUCAACUCAAACUCGACGUGUGGCCACAAUAAGAGUACAUAUUGAAAGAAUGAUCAGAAAACUAAAAUGUUUUACUAUUCUGAAAGGUGCUUUCCCUUUAACAAUGAAGCCUCAUGUAAACUCAAUAAUUGCUGUUUGUGCUGCAUUAGUAAAUUUGCAGCCCAGUUGUAUAAACAAGGAGGAAGAAUACUGUAGACUUGAGCUGUAA